UCUUUAGUGUGCAGUGGCUGUUCACUGAGCAGUGUGCACCUUUGAGUUUGAUCUUGCUGUCAUUAUUUUAUAAGGAUAGAUUAUAUGUUAGGUUUAUUUGGGGAUUUGUUAGUUAUAAAUAGUUGUUAACUAAUUUAGGGGUUUACUAAGUUUACUGAUUUUGCCAAACUGCUCAGUAACUACAUGACAGUGACUAUCAGCAGAUCUGAUCCAACAUAUACCUUCACAACAUCAGCCUUGUUCACCAAGCACUGCCCUCACCUUCUUUUCUUUUAAUUUUAGUGUGUCAUCAUGAUAUUGGUCUUGCCAUAAUUAUCUUCAGAUGACAGUGCUGAGGUUGUGCUAAGAUCAGAUUCUGCUGGUUAAUGAAUUUAGUAACUAAUUAAUUUGCGAUAGGUUAUUAAUUUAACCGAUUUAACGGAGCUGCUCUGUAAAUAAGUGCAUGACAUCAGCCUUUUUCACUGAACACUGCUUGGUAAAUAGCCUCAGCUUAUUUUAAUUAACAGGUACCAUAUACAACUGAUAGAUUUUAUAAUGUUUACAGUUAUAUUUAUAAUUUUAUAUAUUUUUUUAUUUUUAAAUCAUUGUUAGGGGACAACUUUAUUCUUGGCUAUGGGCCUAAAACCCGUGCCUAAACACGUUUUCAAUGCAUCCUAGAAUGGACGAAUGCCAUUACAAGUGAGGUUCUGGAACCAGUUAUGUUUGUUCUAGCAUACUUCACUGUGUUUGGUUAUUGCCUACUCACAGCAAAACAGUGUAAACAUCUAAAAAGCAGUUACAUGCUCUUAAGAUACAUAAAAAAGCUACCAAUAUUAAUGUUUGAUAUUACUCGGUUAGUGUGUGUACGUACAUUUACAAUGAAUUGGUGUUUUCCCAUUGUUUGAAAAAAAAUGCUGAUUCAAACAGGCUCAGCUCCACUGCUAUUCAGUUUAAAGAAAUUUUACUGUAGUUAUUUAUUUAUGCAUAUAACUUUUUAACUAGCUAGAAUUUUAUCUGCAUAUCAUUCUAGAUGCUUGUAAAUGUCUUUCCUCAGCAGUCUAGACUUUUAUUACAGAUUAUAAUUAAAAAAACAUAAUAUCUGCUUUGCAUGCCAAUAACCACAUCACAUUAAUCCUAACAGGAACAAGGAAAAUCCACAAAAGUGAAUGACACAGAAGUGAUGACAGAAUUUCAGAAACUUUGCUCCCCUGGCGACCCUGAAUUAAUAUAUGAGCGAAGUGAGGAGCUGGGUUCUGGAGCCUCUGGUAGGGUAUUCAUAGCACAAGAGAGGGCUACAGGUCAGAAAGUAGCUGUGAAGGAUAUUGACCUUGACAAACAGCACAAGAAAGAAGCAAUCCUCACAGAAGUUCAUGUCAUGAGGAAACUGCGUCAUAAGAACCUUGUCAACUUUUUAGAUCUGUUUUUGCAGGACAAUCAUCUGUGGGUCAUCAUGGAGCUGCUGGAUGGAGGACCUUUGACUGAUGUUGUUACCCAGACUGUGAUGAAGGAACCAUUGAUUGCUGCUGUUUGUGAUCAGACUCUACAAGGCAUAUCUUACCUCCAUGAAAAUGCUAUAAUUCACAGGGAUAUCAAAUCAGACAAUGUUCUCUUGGGUAAGGAUGGAUCUGUUAAACUGACUGACUUUGGUUUCUCUGCUGUCAUAAGUGGAGGUGAGAAGCGCCAGACUAUGGUGGGAACCCCUUACUGGAUGGCACCAGAGGUUGUCCACAGAAAGCAUUAUGGGCCCAAGAUUGAUAUUUGGUCGUUGGGCAUCAUGGCCAUAGAGAUGAUUGAGGGGGAGCCGCCUUAUCUGAACGAGACACCUCUUCGGGCCCUGUAUCUCAUAGCAUCCAAAGGGAAGCCAGAAAUUGAAUCUCAGGAGGACUUGUCUCCAGAGUUUCAGGAUUUUCUCGACCAAUGCCUUGAAGUAGAAGUGGAGAGGCGAGCCACAGCAGCAGAGCUUCUCUCCCACAGGUUCCUCAACAAGGCUGUCAAUACAAGAACAUUAAAACCUCAUAUUGAGGCUGCUCAAGAGAUUUUGGGUAAAAAUAUCCUUUAAAGCAUCCACUUCGGCUAACUUGAAGCUAUGAGUGGCUGAAAAACGGCUAAAUAUAAAAUAUAUAUGAGGGUAGUAAAAUAGCAUGGAGUGUGCAGCAGCAUCCUCUCAUACCCUUGCA